AUGUCUAUCGACUUGGAAUGGGACAAGCUCGAUGCUUCGUUAGCAUCGUCGCUGGUCAGCGCGCUCAACAGACAACUUUCGGCCACACCGCGCCCCUCAUUUAUUGGCCCGAUUGAGGUCACAUCCUUAGAGUUCGGCACUACAAGCCCAGAUGUUGAACUGGUCGACCUUCGAGACAUUUACCGCGAUUUCCUGGAGGACGAUGAAGACGUGGAUGAUACUGCCCGGGAUCCUGUGAAAGAGUCACAAUGGACUGACGAUGAUGACGACGACUUUGAGUGGGUAUCCCGCAAAGCAGUACGAGGGAAGGGUCUUGAGGAGGAGGUCCCAGCUUAUCACCUACUGCCUCCGCAUAUGCGAUAUGGACAGGGGACUGCCGCGGAUAUGUUAUCCUCAUCGUUGCAUUCUCAAAGGGACAUAUGGAGUCCGGCCUUCAGCAGCUUGGUUGAUCUGAGGCCGACGUAUCCUUCUCCGUCUCUGUACGCGUCUGCAGCAUCAUCCCUAUCUACAUCGGCUCGUCCAAACCCCGUACAACUAAAACUCAGCCCGCAGAACACCCAGCUACCUCUCCAAGAUGCCGAAGUUACCCAAGAAUCAUCCAAGCCCACGGAAGCGAAACCGAAUACUCUCAAUCACCCCAACUUGCAACUUCACCUGCAUAUCACCUGGAAUUCCAAUCUUAGACUCACUCUUACGACAUCUCUUCUCAUAAACUAUCCCUCGCCCAUGUUCAUGUCCCUUCCCAUCAAACUGUCUGUGGCAGGUAUCCUCUUCAAUGGGGAGGUGGUGGUCGCAUAUGAGGGCGAGCGUCGACGAGUGCAUGUCUGCAUUCUGGACGACCUUGACCCAUACAGCCCGCUAGCGGGGGACCGACCAAGACGCGACACACCAUCAUCUGGUGGUACGCCACCGGAACCAGACGAAGACACCCCAGUCUCCGUGAUUGGGCAGGCGAGAGCCGGUAAACCGCUACCGAUUGGGCAGCGCUUGUUGCCCUCAAUAUACAUCGAAAGCGAGAUUGGGCAAGCAGACAAACACGUUCUGAAGAACGUCACGCGGGUAGAGCGGUUUAUUCAAGACGUCAUCCGGAAAACAGUCGAGGAAGAGCUCGUCUUCCCAAAUUUCCAUACGCUGGUGUUAGGAGAUGUGGCGCAAUGA